AUGAUUGGGGAGCUUUCAUGGCUUGGAGCUUUUGCUUGUUCUAUCCUGACAAAGUCAGAGCUGUGGUCAACCUCAGUGUGCCUUACAUUGCCAUGAAUCCUAAUAAAAAAUUCAUGCAAGGGUUUAGGGAUUACUAUGGGGACUUGUACUACAUGUGUAGGUUUCAGGCAAUAGGAGAGAUGGAAGACGAGUUCGCAUCAAUGGACACUGCAGAUGUACUAAAAAUUCUUUAUUCAUCUUUUGGAUUGGAUCCUUUAAUGAUACCUCUAGAGAAAGAUGGAGGAUUCAAGAGUUUACCAAUUCCCAAAACAUUACCCUCUUGGCUAACAGAUGAAGUCCUCGGCUGCUAUACCAAGCUGUUCAGGAAGAGUGGCUUUACUGGAGGAUUGAGCUAUUAUCGAGCUUUGGACAUAUCAUGGAAGCUCCUGUUACCUUGGAAAGAUGCAAAAGUGAAAGUUCCAGCAAAGUUCAUAGCUGGGGCGAAUGACCAUCCACUACAUUUUGAAGGAAUGAAAGAUUACAUAUUUAUUAAUGGUGGCUUCAAAAAAGAUGUGCCCUCACUUGAAGAAGUGGUUAUAAUUCAAGAUGUGCCUCACUUUGCCAACCAAGCUAAACCAGAUGAGAUUAGUGGACAUAUUUAUGAAUUUUUCAAGAAAUACUAAUCGAUGGUUUAUGUAUUUUCUGGGUUGUUCCCUUAAUUGUUCUCUCUUCUAGCUACCAUUGUUUUUGUUCUUGUUUUGUAAUGUUUAAUUGUUCUUGUUGUAUGCUGCUUUUCUUGCGGUGUUUUUUGUUUCAAUAACUUCAGCCUUAAUUCUGGCUUCAAUAAUAAAUGUGAACUUUCUUUUA